AUGUCAAGCGAAAGAGCUGACAUAUCUGUUCUUACUACCAUUACUAUUAUUACCGCUAGUACAGACAUUUCACCGUUACUGCCAUUACUAAGCAAAUGUCAUUUAAAAGGACCUGCUGGUGUUAUACUUCCGACCAUUAACAUCAGUACUAAAACUGUAACAUUCUGUGCAUCUACUCCUAUUGGUAGUGCACUUACUUCUAUCCCUAGUAAACCCACUUCAAUCUCUGGUAAACCUACCUCUAGUAAACCUACUUCUACCUCUAGUAAACCUACUUCUACCUCUAGUAAACCUACUUCUACCUCUAGUAAACCUACUUCUACCUCUAGUAAGCCUACUUCUACCUCUAGUAAGCUUACUUCUACAUCUAGUAAGCCUACUUCUACCUCUAGUAAGCUUACUUAUACCUCUAGUAAGCCUACUUCUACCUCUAGUAAGCUUACUUAUACCUUUAGUAAACCUACUUAUACUUUUAGUAAGCCCACUUCUAUCUCUAGUAAAUCCACUUCCAUCUCUAGUAAGCCUACUUUUACCUCUAGUAAGCUUACUAUUACCUCUAGUAAGCCCACUUCUAGUAAACCUAUUUCUACCUUUAGUCUGCUUCGAAUUUGGGUUCUGUAG